AUGGAUGAAACGUUGGAGAUUCUUGCAGCUGCCAAGAAAGCCGCUGAUUCUGCAAACAUAAAGGGUAUACUUCGCGGUUCAUCUGACAUUUCCAGAUGUGUUGAUUGUUUGAAGAAGCUUGAAACCUGUCCCUUCAACGCUGAAAUCAUCAACACCCACAACAUCUACAAGAAGCUUCAAAAUCUCUGCAAGCACAAGAGCAGAAAGAUCUGCUCUGCAGCUUCCCAGCUUAUCGAUGUGUGGAAGAAGAGAGAGAUCGAACUCUCAAAACGUUCGACGCGGCCCGGUGUCAUUCGCAUCAAGUUGCGCCCUGCACCUCCUGCUCAGCCUAGUUCUGACAAUGUUUCAAACUCGCCCCCUCUUCAACCCUCAUCUCUGAAGAUGGAAGAGUCAACCAAAGCUUCGAACAAAGGGCUCAUCAUUCGCCUCAAGAUGCCAUUGCAAACUCCUGUUCAACCUUCAUCUCAGAAAGUGGAAGAUGCACCAAGAAAAAAAGUCAGGGCCAUGCUUGAGGAAGCCUUCUCAAAGGUAGCAUCAGAAUCCAGGGGAAAGAUUGGAAAGAAUAUGUGUUUGAGGGAUCCUGUUGAGGUUGCUGCAACGGUUGAGUCUGAGAUGUUUGCUCAGAUGGGUACUUGCCUUGGAAAUCAAAAGACGAAGUACAGGUCCAUUCUGUUCAACCUGAGGGAUGCAAAAAAUCCAGACUUGAGGAGAAAGGUUCUUUGUGGAGAUAUCAAACCUGCUGAGCUGAUCAAGAUGAAAAGUGAGGAGAUGGCAAGCAAUCAACUUAAGCUUGAGAUGAGUGAGAUAAGAAACAGGGCUGCACUUAGGGAAGAGUCUUUGAUAUGUCAAUUAGCUGAAUGUAAUGCUGUGAGUGCUACUGUUAGAGUCCUGUUGAAAUUUGAUGUAAGUGAAUAUGGCUCUUUGAGCCUCUAUGAAAAAUUCAAUGCAAUGAGAUGA